UUAAUAAUUCAAUUAAUGAUAAAAACCGAAAAGAAAAAGUUAAUGCUAAAGGCAUGCAACAAGUUAAAACCAGCCACAAGUUGUAAACGAAGAUAAACACAUACAAAAGCAAAUUCAUACAUAUAACACACACACCAUUGCACACCAGAGAAGACUAUAACAAUGUCAAGUGAAAACAUUCUCUGGAAGCAACAGGUUUCCCUCCAAUAAAACCCAUUAAGAAGCAAAACCACAGCACACAGUCAUCGCCACAGAACUCUACGCUUGAAAAACGAAGAUAUUGAGAAAGACAGGCGACGAGAGUGAGAGAGAUUGAGAAAGCAAGAGACCCAUAGAGAGCGAGAGAGAGAGAGAGAGAUAGCGACGGAGAGAAAGAGAGGACACAAAAAGAGCGGCAACCCAAGCAAGGGAAAUAUUAUAAAAUUAUAUAAAAAAUAAUUAACCAUAUAACCAAAAAGUGGGUUAUAUUUGCUUCAAAACAAAACCUAAUACCCCUUCCAAUUUAAACUUAAACCAAGUGGAACCGACCCAAAUCCAUUAAGAAGAUCUAGCUAAAACAGCAGCAGCCACAGCAAAAAUGGAAUUCUACGAUGGUGACCUCAAAGAUAUAUGGGAUUCUGACUUAGAUCCGGAAUCCUUAAAAAUCAGCAGCGAUCAUGAAAUGCACGACUGGUUUUUGGAUCGAGAUGUCAAAGAUCCUACCGUUAUACUUAACGAUAAGCUUAUUUCGGAUGCACUGCUCAAUGGUACGCUGCCAAUUAAAACUGAGCAUUCCUAUAGCCUAAAUAGCGAUGGCGAUUCCCUGCCAAAUUCACCGAAAAGCCUACAGGCCAAAAUUGAGGACAUGGAUGAUGAAUGCUAUCCCGUCAUUUCGCUGAAGACGGCCACUAGCAUGCGUGCGACCAUCGAUCCCAAAUGCUUAACACUUCACCCGCCCGCUACAAACUUGAGCAUAAGCAGCAGUGCAACUAUGAUGAGUCAUGCCAGCGCCAAUCCCGCACUAAACGCUUCCGUUGUCAGCGAUCUAGCCGCUCUUACCCGUGCCGGCACAGUCCAGACACAGCACCAACAGCAACACCAGCAGCAGCAGCAACCACACUUGCAGCCUCAUGCAAACAGUUCCUGUUCCAACUCCUCAACCUCCAGUGUAGAGGUGUCAACUACUCUGGAUCAUUUUCAACUACCUCAGCACUUGGAUGCAAUGUAUGAUAAUGAUUGCAGCUCAUCCGUCUCAUCGGCCCGCGAGGGCAGUACGUCUCCAGAUAUCUGCUCUGACAUAGAGAUCGAUGAAUCGGCUAUCAAAGAUGAGCCCAUGUCCCCCGAUUCUAGCUGCCCCGCCAGUCCCAACUCACAGAUCAGCAAUGGUCCACAGCAGCAGCUGAGUCUAAAUCUACCCAAUCUGCAAACAGAGCUGCUCUUCGAACAGCAUGGUGGUCUUCUUUUAGCGACUACCAGCAAUAACCUAAUCAAAUCACAGCAUCGUGGAGAUCUGCUCAUGCCCAAAAUGGAAAUAAAGGCGGAAAAGCAAAAUCCUAGUAGCCGCAGCAACAGCUUUCCGUUGACCCCGCCUUCAUCUUUGCCCAGCGAUGAUUCCGAAGGCAAUUUAUCCCCGGAACAUCUCUUUUCACCACUAUCGCCCAAUUCAUCUGGUUCCAUUAUGGCACAACCACAAGCGAAUGGCGAGUCGUCCUCAUCAGCCAUUGUGCGACGAGCUGCCGCCGGAGGAACAGGCAUUACUCGCUCCGGUAGCAGUGGCUCUGGUUCAAGUGCGAACACAACCACAAGGCAACCUAUACACACACCGCUAAUUAGCUCACAACCGAAGGGUUCAACUGGAACUCUGCUCCUUACGGAGGAGGAGAAACGCACUCUCAUAGCUGAAGGCUAUCCUAUACCACAAAAGCUACCACUAACCAAAGCUGAAGAGAAGUCGCUCAAGAAGAUUCGUCGUAAAAUUAAAAACAAAAUAUCCGCUCAGGAAAGUCGUCGCAAGAAGAAAGAGUAUAUGGAUCAACUGGAGCGACGAGUGGAAAUACUUGUGUCCGAGAAUUACGACUACAAGAAGCGUCUCGAGUCACUGGAGGAGACCAAUGCCAAUCUACUUAGUCAACUGCACAAAUUGCAGGCCCUAGUUGGCAAGCACAAUAAUGUGAAAAAGUCCUAAGAGUCCAUCAAUGUUUGCCUGCCCGCCUGCCCGAGAGAUAUUUUAUUUUUGUUUUUCUAAGAAUUUACUAUACUAUUAUUAUUAU